AUGGGUGGCAUACCUCCUCAAUCAAUAAUGACUGAUCAGUGUAGGUCAAUGGGCAGUGCAAUAAAAGAGGUUUUCCCAAACGCAACACACAAAAAUUGUUUGUUCCAUGUGAAGAAGAAUUGCGAUGACAAAAAUGGACCAACAUUUGCAGAGAAUGAAGGGUUGUAUGAGGAUAUGCAAGACAUUAUAGAUAACUCAUUGACAGUACAAGAAUUUGAGACACUAUGGCCACAAAUGAUUGAGAAGUACAAUGUUGCUGGUGUGAAAGUAUUUGAGGACAUGUGGACCAAUAGAAAGAAGUUUGUUCCAGUAUACUUCAAAACAAAUUUUUUCCCAUUUAUACAGACAACAGCUAGAAGUGAAGCAACGAAUGCCUUGUUCAAGAAAGGAGUUGGCGCACAAUUCAGCAUGACUAGCUUCCUAAGGGAGUAUCAGCGAAUAAUGGAUACAAUACAUGCAAAUGAAGAUGAGUUGGACCACAAGGUUGUAAACAAGAAAGUCCAGCCAACUAGAUUCUUGACAAAGUACUACAUAGAAAGACAAGCUCAUGACUUAUACAACCUUACCAUCUUCAGAAAAUUCCAGUUCACACUCAAGGAUGUUACAAGGCUAAAUAUUCGAGAGGAAGAAAAGGAAAAAGUUUUCGUCUUGUUCCAGGCCAGCAAUUGUGUAAUAAAAGAACACAGGCAACGAAACUACAUAGUGCUGGUGAACAAACAGACAGAAGAAUACUCAUGUGUUUGCUGCAAAUUUGAAAAGGAUGGGAUCUUGUGCUCUCAUAUUCUGAAAGUGAUGCUGCACCUUGAGGUCGAGAAAAUUCCAGAGAAGUACAUAAUUGAAAGAUGGCGAAAGAAGAAUCAAAAACUCAACUACAGACUACCAGCACCAGAAGAAAUAGACAAUGAUAGUCUAAGGUACAGCUUGCUAACAAGAAUCUUGACACAGACAGCUUCUAAAGGAUCGAAGAGCAGAGAAAAAUGCCAGUACCUGAUACAAGAAGCAAAACGAAUAGAAGAACACUUGGAUGCAAUGGACAGAGUAAGAGAAGACACUGGAGAAACGCAACCCACAGAUCAGCCCACAUCGACAAGGACAGUUUCAAACUUGUUCAAUGCAUCACUGCAUGAAGGUACAAAUUCUCCAGCCAUGAAAUCAGCAAAGAAGGGGAAAAAACAAAGGAUGCAGUUCGAACCAAUCAAGAAACCCAUGUUGAAAUGA